CGCAACGGCUCCAUAUCAUCGCUUUGCACAGUCCCACUACUCCCACGCCUUGCUUUCGGUAUGGCGGACGGCGAGAGGUCCCCGCUACUGGCAGAUCUCGGAGAUGGUGGUCUUGGGGGUGGUAACAGCGGAGUGUCACCUGGCUCGGCUCCUUAUGGUUUACCAAAUAAGCCACAAAGCUUUCCUCCCUUCCCCAGCCCCACCCAGCCCUCAGUACUUAUGGGGGAGGACCCUCCUCCGUACUCCCCCCUCACCUCCCCAGAGAGUGGCAGCGCACCAGGCAUCAGCUGUAGAGUGUGUCAGAGCCUCAUCAGCGUGGAGGGGAAGAUCCACCAGCAUGUGGUCAAGUGUGGGGUCUGCAACGAGGCUACGCCCAUCAAGAAUGCGCCAGCAGGGAAGAAGUAUGUCCGCUGCCCCUGUAACUGUCUGCUCAUCUGCAAAGUUACCUCCCAGAGGAUCGCCUGUCCCCGGCCCUACUGUAAGAGGAUAAUAAACCUGGGUCCGGUCCACCCUGGUCCAGCCAGCCCUGACCCCCAGCCGGCCGGAGCUCGGGUCUCCUGUGGACACUGCAGCAACACUUUCUUGUGGACAGAGUUUACUGACAGGACACUCGCCAGGUGCCCACAUUGCAAGAAAGUCUCCUCUAUUGGUCAGAGGUACCCUCGAAGGCGGAGCUUGUGGUGUUUUCUACUAUGCUUGCUUUUCAGCAUCUCCACUGCUGGGCUGGUGGCUGGUACGUGGGUGAAGGCCCAAGACUAUGGGGGUAUCUAUGCUUCCUGGGCUGUGCUGAUCCUGCUGGUACUCCUUACCCUGGGCCGGGCUCUGUACUGGGCCUGCAUGCGUGUUAGUGAGCCCCUACAGAACUUCACAUAGACACACACACAUGUAGGUUGAAGUUGCCCCUAGAUGCUGAUAUUGGGUCAGUUUUGCAUUUCCCCCUCUAAAUGGUUAAGAUUGGGGGAAGGGAAACUGAUCUCCUAGAUGUGUACCUAGGGGGGAACUUGACCCCAAAGCCACACAAAAACAGGGGAGAGGAGACCCGCAGGAGUGGGGGGGGGAGCUUUUUAAAAUAUUAUUUAUUUAAACCGGAAAUUAAAACAAAGUUUUCCACCUCCUUCCCUUUAGUCUGUUCAAUGUGUUUCCGAACUGGAUAAUGAAAAACAUUUACCUACUCUCGAAGGAGCAGUAGCGUGACUGCUGCAUUACUAGUUCAAUUAAUUUUAACAUGUUCGACUACUGUCCCUUCCCUGUUUUUAAUCAUCACUCGGGCCCUAUCAUGGCUUGGCUCUGUGGAAGAAAGUCUUAAAUUAUGACACGACCCUCGGAAAAGACGGCUACUUCGCAACACUGAUUUCAUGUUCUGUUUUUUGGGCAUUUUACAUCAUUUAUUUGUUUUGGUAAACCCUUGAAGCAUUUUAGAAAGGCAAAUGAAGCUAAAAUGAGGCCAGUGCAAGGUGAACGUCACCCAAGUUACCAUCCCUUGCCCGUCAUGGUGCAUAAUCUGUGGGACUGUCAGUCUUUGAUCCAAAGUAGCUUGGAAGCCUUAAAAGCAGUUUUAUUUAUUUUGUAUUUAACUAGGCAAGUCAGUUAAGAACAAAAUCUUAUUUCCAAUGACCGCCUACCCCGGCCAAACCCGGAUGACACUGGGCCA